CCCGCUGCCUUCCCCAUGCAAGCAUUUAUUCCACUGGGAUAGAGGAGGAGGCGGCUGGAGCGGCGCCGGCACCCCGAAAGAAAACCAUGGCUGCUGGGAUGAUGGUCUGCGUCGCCUUGCUCUCGCUCCUGGUGCGGAGCUGCGGAGGGGUCACCGGCUCCAGGGUCUACCCUGCCAAUGAAGUUACUCUGCUGGAUUCCAGAUCAGUCCAGGGUGAGCUUGGGUGGAUAGCCAGUCCAUUGGAAGGAGGGUGGGAGGAAGUGAGCAUUAUGGAUGAGAAAAAUACACCCAUCCGCACGUAUCAAGUCUGCAAUGUGAUGGAGCCAAGUCAGAACAAUUGGUUACGAACUGAUUGGAUUCCACGUGAAGGGGCUCAGAGGGUUUAUAUUGAAAUCAAGUUCACACUAAGAGACUGCAACAGCCUACCAGGUGUCAUGGGGACUUGCAAAGAGACUUUUAACCUCUAUUACUAUGAGUCGAGCAAUGACAAGGAGCGCUUUAUUCGGGAAAGUCAGUUUGCCAAGAUUGAUACUAUUGCUGCUGAUGAGAGCUUCACUCAGGUGGACAUUGGGGACCGGAUCAUGAAACUCAAUACAGAGAUACGUGACGUGGGGCCAUUAAGCAAGAAGGGAUUUUACCUGGCUUUCCAAGAUGUUGGGGCUUGCAUUGCUUUGGUGUCUGUCCGGGUUUUCUACAAGAAGUGUCCGCUGACAGUCCGCAACUUAGCUCAGUUUCCAGACACCAUCACUGGAGCUGAUACCUCUUCUCUGGUGGAAGUCCGUGGUUCGUGUGUCAACAAUUCAGAAGAGAAGGAUGUGCCAAAAAUGUACUGUGGAGCAGAUGGUGAAUGGCUGGUCCCCAUUGGCAACUGCCUAUGCAACGCCGGGUAUGAAGAGCGUAAUGGAGAAUGCCAAGCUUGUAAGAUCGGAUACUACAAGGCUCUCUCAACAGAUGUUGCCUGUUCUAAGUGCCCGCCUCACAGCUUCUCCAUCUGGGAAGGCUCUACCUCUUGCACCUGUGACCCAGGCUUUUUUCGAUCAGAAAAUGAUGCUGCUGCUAUGCCCUGCACUCGCCCUCCAUCUGCCCCUGAGAAUCUGAUAUCCAACGUCAAUGAAACAUCAGUAAACUUGGAAUGGAGCCCUCCUCAGAACAGAGGUGGCCGUGAGGAUAUUUCCUACAAUGUCGUGUGCAAAAGAUGUGGGGCCAGUGACCUGAACCGUUGUCGGUCCUGUGGCAGUGGUGUACACUUCAGCCCACAGCAGAAUGGAUUGAAAACCACCAGAGUUUCCAUUACUGACCUUUUGGCUCACACCAACUACACCUUUGAAAUAUGGGCAGUGAAUGGAGUUUCCAAGCAGAAUCCGAGCCCAGACCAGGCUGUUUCUGUCACGGUGACAACUAAUCAAGCAGCUCCAUCUCAAAUUGCUUUGAUCCAAGCUAAAGAAAUAACAAGACACAGUGUGGCAUUGGCUUGGCUGGAACCUGACAGACCAAAUGGAGUAAUCUUGGAAUACGAAGUCAAGUACUAUGAAAAGGAUCAAAAUGAACGCAGUUAUCGCAUUGUGAAAACUGCAGCCAGAAAUACAGAUAUCAAGGGCUUGAAUCCUUUAACUUCAUAUGUCUUCCAUGUGAGAGCAAGGACAGCAGCUGGAUAUGGAGAUUUCAGUGGACCAUUUGAGUUCACAACCAACACAGUCCCAUCUCCCAUCAUUGGGGAAGGUACCAACCCCACAGUUCUUUUGGUCUCAGUGGCUGGCAGUGUUGUCCUUGUGGUCAUUCUCAUUGCUGCCUUUGUCAUCAGCAGGAGACGGAGCAAAUAUAGUAAGGCGAAGCAAGAAGCAGAUGAGGAGAAACAUUUGAAUCAAGGUGUUAGAACAUAUGUCGAUCCCUUCACAUAUGAAGAUCCAAACCAAGCUGUGCGAGAAUUUGCCAAAGAAAUUGAUGCUUCUUGCAUAAAGAUUGAAAAGGUCAUUGGUGUUGGUGAAUUUGGUGAAGUUUGCAGUGGUCGUCUCAAGGUUCCAGGAAAGAGGGAGAUCUGUGUUGCUAUCAAAACUUUGAAAGCUGGAUAUACAGACAAACAGAGAAGGGACUUCUUGAGCGAAGCCAGCAUUAUGGGGCAGUUUGACCACCCCAACAUAAUCCACUUGGAAGGAGUUGUUACAAAAUGCAAACCUGUCAUGAUCAUAACUGAGUAUAUGGAGAACGGCUCUUUGGAUGCUUUUCUCAGGAAGAAUGAUGGCAGAUUUACAAUAAUCCAGUUGGUUGGAAUGCUUCGUGGCAUUGGCUCUGGAAUGAAGUAUUUGUCUGACAUGAGCUAUGUGCAUCGGGAUCUAGCUGCUCGAAACAUACUUGUCAACAGCAAUUUGGUCUGCAAGGUUUCAGAUUUUGGCAUGUCUCGUGUUUUGGAAGAUGACCCUGAGGCAGCUUAUACUACAAGGGGUGGUAAGAUUCCCAUCAGGUGGACUGCACCAGAAGCAAUUGCAUAUCGUAAAUUUACAUCUGCCAGUGAUGUUUGGAGUUAUGGAAUUGUAAUGUGGGAAGUAAUGUCAUAUGGGGAGAGGCCUUACUGGGAUAUGUCCAAUCAAGACGUUAUCAAAGCCAUUGAAGAGGGCUAUCGGCUGCCACCCCCGAUGGACUGCCCGAUUGCUCUCCAUCAGUUGAUGCUGGACUGCUGGCAGAAGGAGCGGAGUGACAGGCCUAAAUUUGGACAGAUUGUCAACAUGCUAGACAAACUCAUCCGCAACCCCAACAGCUUGAAGAGGACAGGCUCCGAAAACUCCAGGCCUAAUACCGCUUUGUUGGAUCCAAGUUCUCCUGAAUUUUCUGCUGUAGUCUCUGUUGGAGAUUGGCUCCAAGCUAUUAAGAUGGAGCGAUACAAGGAUAACUUCACAGCUGCCAGCUAUACUACCCUAGAGGCUGUAGUGCAUAUGAACCAGGAUGACCUGUCAAGAAUUGGAAUUACUGCCACUGCACACCAGAAUAAAAUUCUGAGCAGCGUCCAAGCAAUGAGGACCCAAAUGCAACAAAUGCACGGCAGAAUGGUUCCGGUUUGAGCCAGUACUGAAUAAACUCUUGAAAUUAGUUUACCUCAUCCAUGCACUUUAACUGAAGAACUGCACUUUUUUUACUUCUCCUCGCCGUUUGAAAUAAUAAUAUUAAUAAUAAUUAAAAAGGUGAUUUGCAGCAUUGAUUGAUAUAUAAAGAUUGCUGAGAGUGUUAUGCGGAGAGAACCUACAGAAAUGGCAACCAGUCAUUUGAGAACAGGCCUGGAACAAAUUGUUUCUUGGGAUAUACUUCUGUGUGGAUCAAGAUUAUGUAAUAUACAUGUAUCUAUAUAACAUCACACAAAAAUUCUGAUGCUGUGUCUGCUGCCAGAUACUAUACUAAAAGGAAGGAGAGCA